UCUUCACUCUAAAUUCUCACAUAAACAACCAUUUUCAGCUUUACAAAACUAACCACAAAUCCAAGAAUUUGCAAAAAAUGGAACCAUCAACUAGCAAUUUGAUGUUAUCAAUGAAAAUUCUACUAAUUUCAAUUGGAGCAGUUUCUUCAGCAUUAGCAAUUAAAUCAUUUGUUCCAUUGGUUUUAUAUGAAUUCCCUACAAUUUGGACAGGUUUAAUUUCAUGGCUAAAGCCUCCUUAUCUCUACGUUUUACUUAACGGUAUAAUCAUCCUCAUCGCUGCUACUUCACUAUCUCACCGUCAAGAACAGCAUUCCAGCGAUCAAUCACAGCCGUUAAUUUCUCCUCAGCCACAGGUAGCGAUUUCGAGAUCGAAUAUAUCUGAAUACAUGCCUGAACCGGUAGAUGAACCGGCGGUUUUUGAGGAGAAGACUGAACCGGUAGAUGAACCGGAGGUUUUGGAGGAGAAGACUGAACCGGAGGUUUUGGAGCCUGAACCGGUUAAUGAACCGGCUCAGGUAGUUGAAAGUGAUGAGUUUGUGAUUUCGAAUUCGGUUAUUAAGCCGUUGCCUGAAGUGGAAACGGAGUUACUUCAACAGCUAGCCACUGAAAAACCGUUGGUUUCUUCGAGGUUUGGUCAUCGGAAACCCCUGACGAGGAGCAGUCCUGAAGGGGUACAAUCACUAAGGGUAGCAAGAGUAAAGAGGCAUGAGACAUUAGAGAGCACAUGGAAAAAGAUAACAGAGGGUCGUCACGUGCCACUCACGAGGCACAUAAAUAAGUUAGACACGUGGCAGAAUCAGAACCGUGGAAAUGAUUCGCCGGUUCAACGCAUAAAAAGAACACUUGAACCGUCACCGAGUAAAGACGAGCUGAACCGGCGAGUUGAAUCGUUUAUUAAAAAGUUCAAUGAAGAAAUGAGAUUACAAAGAGAACAAUCAUUACAACAGUACAAGGAGAUGAUUAAUCGUGGGGUUUAAGUUAAUUUAGCAAUUUUAAUAGUAUUUUUUGUCAGUUAAAAAAGUGUUUUUUUUUUUUUUUUUUGUCACACAGGAAAUAUUUAGUGUUUUAUUGCUUUUGAGUGAACAGAUGGGGCUUGAAUAAAGGUAUAGGAAGAAUAUAUUUUUACUGUAAAUAGGAGCUAAAGUUGUGUAUAGAAGUGUAAAAUGUUCUUUUAUUGUUUAAACUUGGGAGAAUUGAAAAAUCAAAUAGUAAUACUAUACUAGUUAAAAUAGUAGAGAAUGGUGCACAUAUGCAAAUAAUAAUGCAAUUAUGUCUUUAUGAAUAAUUUAUAUAUGCAUGUGACUC